AGGUACACUGCCAGCUUCUGAGGAGGGACAGCCAAUGCUACAGGAGCUGGCCAAGCUGGGAUGCACCUAGCGUCCCAGAUGGAGGUCCCCACAGGAGGGGAUGGACUGGAGGACCUGACCCCAACCCCUUGGAGUGGAGAACAUGAUGUUGAGGGGAAAAUUACUCAGUCCAUAAUAAGGACUUACUCCUGGAUGGGCCUGGGGAGAAGGUGACUAUAAGCACUAUGUCCCAGAUAAAAACAGAAGAUGAACUGAUCCUUUUUGAAAAAGAGAUCAAAGAAUUUUGGACAAAAUUCAAAAGCAUUUGUGGUAGUGAACACAUCAACCAGACUUUGGGACUAAGAGAAUCAUGCAAGGAGUCCAUAAAAGCACUUUCAGAGAAGUGGUCCAAGAAGUUAAAAGAAGGGGAUCUAAUGACUGACAAAAUUCUGGAAUACAGAAAUGAGAUCCUCCAGCAGAACAUAUGCAUUGAAGAAAAGCAAAAGGACUUAACUGAAAUGAAUUCCAAAAUAAAGCAUGAAGAAGAACAAAAGAGAGACUUUAUUGAUCGCAUCCAAGAGCUCAAGGAAGAGUUGAUGAGAAAAAAGGAAAUUAUAUCUGCUAAAAACAAGGCCACCAAAGAGCGACUGGAAAGACUGAGUAAGUCUAAAGAACUGUUUGAAGAGCGGCUGGGGCUAGAAAUACGCAGAAUUUAUGAUGAACAGCUGCAGUUUAUAUUUCGAUGUAUUGACCACAAAGAUCCUGACAAGCCAUACACAUUUACACUCUCUAUAAAUGAACAGGGAGACUAUGAAGUGACAAGCAGCUCUCCUCCUCUGGACUGUAUAGCAGAACUCCAGCUAAAAGUGAGAGAAACCAACAACUUUGCUGCAUUUGUUGCCAACAUCAGAAAAGCUUUUACAGCUUUGUCUUAUAAGUAAUCUGCAUCUAUAUGUAAAACUGGCUUCAUACCUCUCUUCCUGUCUGUGUUCAUUCCCUGCUCUUCCUUUUUGUAUUAACAUAACAGUGGUGUGAAAGGAAAUAUUAAAUUUAUGUUUUAAUAUUCCAUUUUCUAAAUAAAGAAAAAUAGUGAAA